AUGGCCCCUCCUACAAAUGUGGAUUCUCCCUCCUCUUUUGAGAAGUUUCUUCAAUUUGCUUUUCUUAACUUACAAGCCAGGCAGAUCCUGAGGACUCCGGACCGCUCUAUUCUGGGUGGUCUGGUAGCCCCUCAGUGGCUCUGUUUCCCCACGCUGACUCCCACCAGCCCAGCCGCCCAGGCCCCCACCCCUGGGCACCGCAGGGACCAGCUGCUGGAGUACAGGCUGCUGCUCUGGGCCCUGUCUCCUCCUGUUGAAGGUCUGCUCUGCGGGGCCCAGCAGGCCCUGGAGAUGCUGAAAUGGAGAGAGCAUCCAGGAGCUGCGGGCAGGGAUCCCACUGCCUCCUGUGGGAGGCGGCACCAACGAAAUCGCAGCAGUGAGUGCCGGCCUGGGAACGCGCAGGGAAGGUAUCUGUCUGUGGCUAAGAGAUUUUCUGAAGUAGAAAGGGACUCUGACACUCUGACUCUCCGCGCCGCCCGUGCCCAGCGCGCUCCUCCGCUGCGCGCGGCCACCGUUGACGUGCUGCGCUGCGGCCUGGCCUGCGAGCGCUGCAGGUGGAUCCUGCCGCUGCUCCUGCUCAGCGCCAUCGCCUUCGACAUCCUCGCGCUGUCUGGCCGCGGCUGGCUGCAAUCCAGCGACCACAUCCAGACGUCCUCGCUGUGGUGGAGAUGCUUCCAUGAGGGCGGCGGCAGCGGGUCCUACGACAAUGGCUGCCAGAGCCUGAUGGACUUCGCAUGGGGAAGAGCAGCCGCCGCCACGCUCUUCUGUGGCUUUAUCAUCCUGGUGAUCUGCUUCAUCUUGUCCUUCUUUGCCGUCUGUGGACCCCAGAUGCUUGUCUUCCUGAGAGUGAUCGGAGGCCUGCUGGCCCUGGCUGCUGUGUUCCAGAUCAUCUCACUGAUAAUUUACCCUGUGAAGUACACGCAGACCUUUAACCUUCACGCCAACCCGGCUGUCACCUACAUCUAUAACUGGGCCUACGGCUUUGGGUGGGCAGCCACCAUUAUCCUGAUCGGUUGCUCCUUCUUCUUUUGCUGCCUCCCCAACUACCAAGACGACUUUCUGGGCAACGCCAAGCCCAGGUACUUCUACCCACCCGCCUAACAUGGGAGCCGGAGCGGAAGAAAAUCAUCGCUGUCAAAUGGUUUCCAGAGAACGAAACUGUUUCCUCCAGCCUACUUUGUAUCUAUGUUUUGGCAGUGUUCAUAAAAGUAAAUAGUCAGAAAUGCUAAAAUAAUUUAGGA